CAAGAUUGUUUUUUGUAAAGCCACGAACGGAAAAACAAGUAAAAUCCGAGUUUCUUGACGUCCGAAAUAAUUGGCUAAUUGGCGAUUAGAAAAGAAAAAUAUUACAAGUGUGUUUAAAAGCAAUAAUCUCAAGUGAUAAAAUACAGUUAAAAUAAUACGCAAAAAGAUUCGUUCACCAAAUAUAUUUUAACAGAAAAGUAUAGAGACAGAUCGAAAUCAAUAAAGAGUUAAGAAAAAAGGAAAGAAGUUUUCCAUUGUCGUAAUAGACUUAGAAAAACAAGCUCCUUUAAAAAGAAAGGACAAAAACUAUGGCAACAACACCACGUUCUGGUGGCUCUGCUGGUGGUGGUACAGCUCAACGUCCUAAUGGCACAUCUCAAAGUAAAUCGUGUCAGUUUAAAUUGGUUCUAUUGGGCGAGUCGGCCGUCGGAAAAUCAUCGCUUGUUUUACGUUUUGUUAAAGGACAAUUUCAUGAAUACCAAGAGAGUACGAUAGGAGCGGCAUUCCUUACACAGACCAUAUGUAUAGAAGAUACUGUGGUGAAAUUUGAAAUAUGGGAUACGGCAGGGCAAGAAAGAUAUCACAGCUUAGCCCCCAUGUAUUACAGAGGUGCGCAGGCCGCCAUUGUUGUAUAUGACAUACAAAAUCAAGACAGUUUUCAACGUGCAAAAACCUGGGUUAAGGAACUGCAUAAACAAGCCUCUCCUAACAUUGUUAUUGCCUUGGCUGGUAAUAAAGCAGAUCUAUCAAAUAUUCGUACUGUGGAAUACGAGGAAGCUAAACAGUACGCCGAAGAAAAUGGUUUGUUAUUCAUGGAGACAUCAGCAAAAACCGGCAUGAAUGUAAAUGACAUUUUCUUGGCCAUAGCCAAGAAACUACCUAAAAAUGACGGAGCCAAUAAUCAAGGAGCUGGUGCCGGUAGAAGGCUAAAUGAAAACGAAAAUAACCGACAGACGACCAAUUGCUGCAAGUGAUGUCUUUUUGUAG